AGGGAGGUGGAGCCAGCAGUCUAUCAUUUAGGUAGUGACUCUGGGUGGCUGUGAGGAGAGUCAGAACUGCCUCAGGACUGGUUUUUCAUCUUGCCCUACACAUCAGGUAGACAACAGCACUGACAGGACAUUUUAUCUUUGGCCAAAGAAACUAGGAAGCCACUCGGGGCUACGUGAUGAAGCUCAGGAGCCUCUUGACCUCCCUGUCUUGGAUGUGUUUGUUCUUAAACACAUGCCAGUCGCGGGAGGCGAAUGAUGACAGGCCCAAUGUUGUCCUGAUAAUGGUGGAUGAUCUCGGGAUUGGAGAUCUGGGUUGCUAUGGCAAUGGUACAAUGAGGACGCCUCACGUGGACCGCUUAGCCAGGGAAGGUGUGCGGCUGACCCAAAACAUCGCUGCAGCCUCAAUGUGCACCCCGAGCCGGUCGGCCUUCCUGACGGGAAGGUACCCAGUCCGUUCAGGAAUGGUUUCUGAUACAGAGGUCCGUGUCAUCACAACGCUUGGAGACUGUUCCGGACUCCCUCUUAAUGAAAUAACAUUUGCUGCUUUACUCAAAAAGCAGGGAUACACCACCGGUCUCGUGGGCAAAUGGCAUCAAGGCUUAAAUUGCCAAUCUCGAAGCGACCACUGCCACCAUCCACAUAAUUAUGGGUUUGAUUACUUCUAUGGCAUGCCACUCACUCUGAUUGAACCUUGCUGGCCGGAUCCUUCACGUGACACGGAAUUAGCCAUUGAGAGCAAAAUCUGGCUCUGUGUGCAGCUGGUCGCCAUUGCUGUGCUUACCUUCACCAUUGGGAAAUUGAGUCGCUGGGUCUCUGUUCCCUGGUCUCUCAUCCUCUCCAUGGUUCUUUUUAUUUUCCUCCUGAGCUAUUUUUGGUUCUCCAGUUACACAUCUCCUCUGUACUGGAAUUGCCUCCUCAUGCGAGACCAUGAGAUCACCGAGCAGCCCAUGAAGGCAGAACGAGCCGGGUCCAUCAUGGUGAAGGAGGCAGUUUCAUUUUUAGAAAGGAACCGUAAAGGACCUUUCCUCCUCUUUUUCUCCUUUCUCCACGUUCACACACCCCUCCCCACGACGACGGAGUUCAUAGGCACCAGCAAACACGGCUUGUACGGUGAUCAUGUGCAGGAGAUGGACUCCAUGUUGGGGAAGAUUCUUGAUGCCCUCGAUGAUUUUGGUUUGAGGGACCACACUCUAGUCUACUUUACAUCAGACCAUGGAGGACAUCUGGAGGCGAGGCUGGGCCAUGCCCAGCUUGGUGGAUGGAAUGGAAUAUACAAAGGUGGCAAAGGCAUGGGAGGAUGGGAAGGCGGAAUCCGCGUCCCGGGACUUGUGCGAUGGCCUGGAAAAUUGCCAGCUGGAAAAGUGAUUGAGGAGCCCACGAGUCUAAUGGAUAUUUUGCCAACUGUCGCAGCACUGGCGGGAGCAACUGUCCCUCAGGACAGGGUGAUUGAUGGCCGAGACCUCAUGCCCUUGCUUCGGGGUGACACUCAGCGCUCAGAGCAUGAGUUCCUGUUCCACUAUUGCGGUGUGUACCUCCACGCCGUGCGCUGGCACCCGAAGGACAGCGAGGCCGUGUGGAAGGCUCAUUAUAUGACCCCAGUAUUCCAGCCGCCAGGAGCUCUGGCCUGCUAUGAGACCAUCUUCUGCCAAUGUUCAGGGAAACUGGUCACCUCCCACAACCCCCCUCUGCUCUUCGAUCUCUCCAGGGACCCCUCUGAGUCCACACCUCUAACGCGGGACACAGAGCCCCUCUACGAUUUAGUCAUCAGAACGGUGGCUGCCGCCGUGAAGCGCCACAAGGAAAGCAUCAAACCCGUCCUUCGGCAGCUGUCAGGAUCGAAUGAGGGGAAUGUGUGGCUGAAGCCUUGCUGUGGGGUGUUCCCAUUUUGUCUGUGUGACAAGGAGGGGAACUCCUCAGCCGCGAGCUCAUCAUGAGAAGGAACGACGGAGAGCGGGAGACGCAACGCACUUUCCGAUACUCGAGGAAUGAAUUUGAGAGCCAAUAAAUUCCACUACCAUCUCCAAUUAUUAAAUGUC